AUGGCCCUUUCUCUGCGCGCAGAACAUCAUGCGCAGCCGGGUCCCCUAGACCGUCUUUGGAAGGUGCUUGCCAAUCUCUACGAUCCUACCACGAACCCCGACGGGUACAUCAGUCUUGGAGUUGCGGAGAACACACUGAUGCACAGUGUCUUGAAUCAGCAUAUUCACAAGAAUUUACGUUUGCCGACGCAUGACUUGACCUACGGCGAUGGCCAGAAGCAGCUGCGUGCUACGCUGGCCAAGUUCCUCAACAGAUACUUUAAGCCAGCUACGCCCAUCGAACCAGGGCACAUUAUUGUGACAAAUGGCUGUACAUCCGCCAUUGAGCACAUGGCCUGGGCAUUGGGCAACCCGGGUGACGGCUUCUUGCUAGGGAGGCCCUUUUAUGGGGCUUUCGUGGACGAUGUCACCGGUCGCUUUGGCACCAAGCUCUUGACCGUCGACUUUAAUGACGUCGACCCCAUGGGUGUAGAAGGAGUGAAAUGCUACGAAAGGGAGCUGCUCGCUGCUCAGGAACGAGGGCAGCGGGUUGCAGGCCUCAUCCUUUGCCAGCCGCAUAACCCGCUGGGGCGAUGUUAUUCACGAGAGACCAUCACCGAACUGGUGCGUCUAUGUGAAAAGUACAAGAUUCAUUUGAUCAGCGACGAGAUCUAUGCUCUGUCCGUGUUCAACAAUAACGUGGAUAAAGACGUGACAUUCUUCCCGUUUACCUCGGCGGUCUCGAUUGAUACCACUGGUGUCAUUGACCCAGCCCUGGUUCACAUUAUCUGGGGCAUGUCCAAGGACUUUGGCGCCAAUGGCAUUCGAAUGGGCACCAUCAUAUCCCAAAGCAACCCGCUAUUUCACGCAGCAAUUGUACCCGUGUCUUUGAUGAGCUCUACUUCAGCGCUCACCGACCAUGUCGUUGACAAUAUCCUCAGCGACGAGGAAUGGGUGGAGGGCUACAUUGUCGAGAACAGGGCGCUUCUUGCCCAGCAGUACGAAUACGUGGCACAGUGGGCGAGAAGAAACAAAAUUGAGUACUCCCCAGGUGUAAAUGCAGGGUUCUUCCUCUGGGUGAACCUGGGCAAGAUUUACAAGGAAACCCAUGGCGAGGUCAAGGAAAUCAGCGAGGUUGUCAUGAACACGUUGCUUGAACAUGGGAUCUUUCUAGCAUCGGGUGCACAAUUUGGUGCUGAGCAGCCUGGGUGGUUCAGAAUCGUUUUCUCUCAUCCGACCGAAUAUCUCGAUGUUGGUCUGAAGAGGAUUGAGAAAACAGUAUUAGAAUGA